CUUCCAAGUUUCAGGAACAGUAGUAAUAGUGCGCUCUUCGACCUUUGCGCUAGUUCCCGCGCAACAGUCUUCUUUCAAGCUUGGUUAGGUUGCCCAUUUCUUUUGCAGAAGGACAAAGAAAGUAUGAGCGGUAUUCAUCAUGCGACCCGAAUCACGCCCGGCCAUGGCGAUAUGCUGCAGGGGUGGGGCACUCUCGUAGCUGUUCUCAUCGGUCUGCAUCUGCUGGCCCUGCUGGCUUGGGUGAUUCUAGUCAUCGUGAACCCUGCAGCCAAGGACGCCAAGCCCAGCGACAAGCAGGACUAGACAGCUCGCUCAGAGCUACGAGUCAGGAGCUGGACACCUGUGGUGGGACAGCUCUGCAGCUCCUCCGGCUGUCACCAGCCUUGACAAGACCCUGGGGACCAGUCGUCAGGAUCGUCCCAUAGCUGCCCCAUACCCGGGCGCCAGUCGUGGCUCGCAGCGUCGAGUGCAGCCAGCCAUAUCGCCACUGCGGCAGUAGCUACCGGAGCAGUAGUCACUAACCGGCAGACCAAGCCCUGACACGGCUGAUCACCCACAGAGGCAACACCCGCUGAGACUCCGCUUUCCCCGCCGUGAACAUGGCCAAGCACGUAAUCCUGGGCAAGGAGCACGAGCACCACCCCAAGGACGGCUGGCAGAUCUUCGAACUCGACCUCGUGGUUAUCCUUGUGGCUUGCCACGGUAUCGCCUUCGUCUUCUUCGCAUGGCUGCUCUACCGCACCCGUCGGGGCGUGCCCGGCACCCGUACGGGCGGCAAGUGGGCACCGGGCUCGGCGGGGUCGUCUCGGGAGCCGUCGCGUAAGGGCACGACCGGCUUUGAGUGGCGCACGCCGCGGGAGAUUCUGGCGGCGCAGCAGAAGGCGCGGCUGGGCAAGGUUUGACGUCGGCACUGCGUGGCUUUUGUCAAGCCGGCUGUAGUACGAGGGAGGAGUUGCGGUGGAGGCGCUAUACCUGGAGGUGUGUAGAUGAGUGCUGGGGGUGCAGCCGUUGUCGUUGUUACGGGAGGAGCGGGCAAAGGCAAGCUGGCAGGAUCCUGGUGAGUUGAAAGGUCCGAUCACGUAAAUGGAUGCAUGCGCAGUUCGCACACGCAAUUCGGGUGUUGUGCUGCAAAGCUGGUGUGUGUUGCUGGAGACAGCAGGAGGUAAUGCUAUACCGCCGCGUGGCAUUGGGUAUCACGGACACGGACAGUGCGCUGCGCGCAAAUGCGAUGUUGGGUUUGCAACCUCAGCGCCUAGGUGUGGGUGUGUUUGCGAGCUUUAGCGGUUGGUGGCAGAACGUUUGUGCAAACGCGCAUAUGAACUCAGUUAGCCUUACACCACGGUGCGACAGUACGGAUUGGCUGGCCUUGGACUUGACGGUGGGGAGCCGGGAAUGCGCUGCAUGUAUUGAUUCCCACUGUCAGGCCAGGGUCAAGCAACAAAUGAAGGCGGUGUCCAUUCGAAUCCGAACGGCAGCACAGCUGGCAGGUGAUCGCAGCGUUGCAGCUGAGCUGCGCUUGAAUGUAACUGGGGCUAAGU